AUGACUGAACGGAAGAAAUAUCUCAAUGCAAAAGAUUUCCAAGAUGGUCGGUUCCCUAAACAUGUGAGCCUUGUGGCACUGGAUCGUGAAAUGAGACAGAAUAUCUGGCUCACUGCAUUCGCGCCCAUUCGACUGAUCACUGCAGGUGGCUUUCUUGCCGUGUCGUAUCUCAAAAACCGCGACAGCACAGGUGAUGUCGACUACCUGAUUGACCCGGAAUUCGCUGCAGACAAGGACAUUCAAAAUGCCCUUCAUAGCACCAUCCGCACUGUGGCACGUCAACUACAGUAUGACGACGACUGGAUCAACGAGGCUAUGGCUGUAUUCGUGACCUCAAAGGCUCGACAGACAUUAUUUGAACGAGCCGAGAAACAAGGCAUCAUACUUUUCAAAGGAGAAAAUCUCGAGAUCCUGGCAGCUCCGAUUGAAUGGGCCCUGGAGCGGAAACUGAGGAGAAUCUACGCUGCAGAUCGCGACCGGAAGGCAGAAAUGGAUAUAUCAGAUGCAAUUGCUUUUUUGAAGCACUUGAGGGAACAUAACAAUGGCCUUCUGGAUUCGGAGACAAUUCGCACGAUGAAUAUGAACGGGUUCGAUGUGAUUCCUGAUCAAAAAACGAUGCAACAGAUAGCCGAUGCAUACCGCCGCGAGCAUAACGAGGAGAUUUUCAAAUGA